AUGCGGGUUCCCCGACAGCAGCAGGCCGCGUACCAGGUCUUGCGAGGCGAUGAACGUGAGGCCCUCGCUGUCCCGAAGACAGACACCCUGUGGGAGCGAACCCCGCGCGAAGUGACGUUGAGACCCCUGUUCUGGGUCAACUGCCCCAAGCCAGCAAGUGCCACGGGUGCCAACCGCCGCCACGUUAGGGUUGGCAGGGGCAGCUGUUGUGUCGGCGACAUUACAAUAGAAUCGGCUAAGUCGGUGCGGAAAAAACCACGCGUCCAGUGGACCGAGAAGGAGACCUGGGCGCUGAUAAAGCUCUGGGAGGACCACUUGGACGCCAUGCGAGGGCAUAAGCACAACGGUGGGUUGUACCAGGCGAUUGCCGAGUGCCUCACUGACGCCGGUAUUCCCCGUACACGGGCGCACGUGCACAGCAGAAUUGACAACUUGACACAGACAUUCAGAAAAAUUGAGCGAGAGCUCACAACAGGCUCUUCACCACCAACGUGGCCCUACUAUAGUGAAAUCAAGAGGUUCAUUGGUUGCCUACCAAUAAAUGAUCCGUCCCUCAUGGAGGAGAGCUGCUGUAAUAGCAGUAGCGACACUGUUCAGAAGCUUAUCUACGAAAUGGAGAGCGGAGUCAGUUCCGAGGCUACUGAAACUGAUAGCACACCAGUGCCAGGAACACCAACUGAACCGCAACCACCACCUGCACCCACCACGCAGUGGGCUCAGAGCCCUGCCACAAGUACGGCAGCACGGGCAACAAGGAGGCCACGGCGGCCACUGAGCGCCGCACGUGAAUUUCAAGAAGCUAUGCUGGCUGAACAAAAAAAAGAUGGUUGA